AUGGCGCUAAGAGGUGACCAAAUCAACGCUGUUUCAUCUUCCGUAUCUUUAACCACACUUUCACACUCUUCCACCGGCGACUUAUAUCAGGUGCCGCCGCAGCCAAUCCUUCCGAUUGAGAUUGUGGAAGAAAUCAUAAGCAACUUGCCGGUGAAGUUCCUCUCGCAACUCCGGUGCAUCUGCAAGUCCUGGAAUUCCCUUAUUUCCGAUCCCAAAUUCACCAGAAGGCAUCUUCGCCGGAGCAACCGCCGCAUCCUCAUUGUAAGGUUCAUGAACCGCUCACGUGAUAUCAAUUAUAUGUCUUACCCGCUCCCUUCCAUUCUCAAGGCCGUGACCACAGGUGGCAUGCAACUCGAUAACCCUCGGGAAUAUGGUAACCGUAAUUAUUCAAUUAUUGGCUCCUGCGAUGGCAUCAUCUGUCGUUGCAAUUUCAGCCAUGAACUUGGCCAUUCUUUUGUUGUGUGGAACCCUUCUAUUAAUAAAUUCUGGGAAUUGACACCUUUGGAAAAACCAAUGCUAGAGGAUUGUGAUGGCGGACGGGCAUUUCAUUCAUACGGGUUUGGUUACGAUCAACUCUCUAAUAGUUUCAAGUUGGUUGUCAUAUUUCACUAUAAAUGUUGUUCUGGCAGUUACAAAUCUCAUGUCAUGGUUCAUACUUUGGGCUCCAAUUUUUGGAGAAAGAUUGAGGAAUUCCCUGGUAUCCCCUAUUGUGCCUCUGGUAACAAUGGAAUAUGUGUGAGUGGGGCAAUUAAUUGGUUGGCACGUGGUACGGCGGGUAUUAUUUCUCUUAAUUUGGGGAAAGAGUCUUAUAAAGAAUUUUUACAGCCUGAUUAUGGAAUAAAGGUUCACAACUUGACCAUGGAGAUCGUGAGAGAUUGUUUGUGCAUACUUACUAAUUCGAAGGAUGUUUGGAUUAUGAAAGAGUAUGGAAAUACUAAGUCAUGGACUAAAUUGUUCAGUUUCCCUUCUUACUUCUUGCGUGAUUGGUUUCCCUAUCAUCGGGCUUACGGUUCAAUUUGUGUUUUGGAGGAUGAUGAAUCACUGUUCUACUCCGAUUCGGGUAUAGAUAUUUUUAGUUACAAAAAUGGCACUUUCAGGAGUUCAUCUGAACUAGAAAACCCCGCUUUGAUUAAAGACACGCAGGCUGGGAUUAUGGAUAUGUAUGUUGAGAUUGAGAGUUUGAUUUCACCUCUUCCUUGA